AAUAAAAAAAUAAUAUAAAAUCUAAAGAUUAAUAAAUAGCGGAACCGAAGGAGUUCUAAGCAAGAAAAAAGGAAAAAAACAAAACAUGAAACAAGAGCUUGUCUUCGUGUCUCUUCCUGUAAUGGGUCAUCUCCCAUCAACGGUGGAGAUGGCGAAGCUACUAGUGCACUGUGAAACUAGCCUUUCAGUCUCCGUCAUGAUCCUUCCUUUCAUAUCCGGAAGCGUAGAGGUCGGUUUUUCCGAUUACUUUGCAGCCCUCACCGCCGGAUCCAACGAACGUCUCCACUACGAAGUCCUCUCCGCCGAAGAUGAACCAACCUCCGGGGUGACCAAUCUUGAAAACCAUGUCGAGAAGCAGGUGCCAAAGGUUAAACGCGCCGUUGCUAAACUCGUCAAGGACUACUCGACGCUACCGAACUCUCCCAAGAUUGUUGGGUUCGUCCUAGGCAUGUUCUGCACCUCGAUGAUAGAUGUGGCGAACGAGUUUGGUGUUCCAAGUUAUAUGUUCUACACGACUAAUGCAGGGAUACUCGCACUUGGAUAUCAUAUUCAGAUGUUGUACGAUCAGAACAAAUACGAUGUGAUUGAAAGUGAUUAUGAAGACUCUGAAGCUGUGUUGAACGUUCCGAGUUUGAGUCGUCCUUAUCCGGUGAAGUGUCUCCCUCACACUCUUGCAUCUAAAGUUCGGGUUCCCAUGUCUGUAAAUGAAGCGAGAAGAUUUAGAGAGAUGAAGGGUAUUUUGGUUAAUACUGUUGCUGAGCUUGAACCUUAUGUGUUAAACUUUCUUUCCUCCGGUGGUGAUAGGGACAUUACUCCUCCUGUUUAUCCUGUUGGACCAUUGUUGAAUCUUGAUGAUUCCAAGGAAAAGAAGCAAUCGGAGAUUUUACGGUGGUUAGAAGAACAACCACCGAGUUCGGUUGUGUUCCUCUGCUUUGGGAGCUUGGGAGGCUUAAGUGAGGAACAAGCAAGAGAAAUCGCCGUAGCGCUGGAGAAAAGCGGCCACCGGUUUCUCUGGUCUCUCCGUCGCGCAUCUCCGAAUAUAUUUAAGGAAAAGCCUAGAGAGUUUAAGAAUCUUGAACAAGUUCUCCCGGAAGGGUUCUUAGAUCGGACAAAGGAGAUAGGGAAAGUGAUCGGAUGGGCUCCGCAGUUAGCCGUGCUUGCUAGUCCGGCAGUGGGAGGUUUCGUUACUCACGGCGGGUGGAAUUCGAUCCUCGAAAGUCUUUGGUUCGGUGUUCCAACCGCGCCGUGGCCCUUAUACGCGGAACAAAAGUUCAACGCAUUUGAGAUGGUGGAGGAGCUUGGAUUGGCAGUGGAGAUAAGAAAGCAUUGGCUAGGUGAUCUAAUGGGGGGUAAGAAGAUGGGUUUGGUGACGGCAGAGGAGAUAGAGAGAGGAAUCAUGAGUCUAAUGGGACAAGAUAGUGACGUGAGGAAGAGAGUGAAGGAGAUGAGCAAGAAAUGUCAUGUAGCCUUAAUGGAUGGUGGAUCGUCUCAAACUGCCUUGCAAAUGUUUAUUCAAGACGUUACCAAGACUUAUUAAGGAAUAGAGUCUCUGUCGUAUGUACCCGAAUAAGCAUAAAAAUUAAGUCUUUUAAAGUUUAUUCAAUGCUGAGCAAUAUUUCUAUGCCAUCUUUCAUAUUUCCAUGUACUACUUUUUUUUUUUUUUUCCAUCAAAUACUCUCUUCCUUCCAUUAUAUAAAAGUUUUUAGGCUUU